GUAGCGAUGCGUGGUGAAAUAGUGCAUCUGUUGCUUCGAAAACGUGAAUAAUCGUGGAUUGUGGUAUGAUGUAGUUAAUAAUAUCGAAAUUUUGUUGAAAUUAUGCGGAAUUUUUAUCCGCGAUCAUGGUUGAUCACUCGUACCGAAUGAACGGAGAGGUUAAUACACCGCUUUCUUCCGGCUUCGCCGAGAAGGUACAUCACGACUGGGUAAAAUCAGAAAAUCCCGAGACGAUUAUGACGUGCAAACAAACGGACGACGUGUUGAUUUUCCCUAAUAAAAAUCUUUGUUGCCGUUCGACCAGUAACAAUGUGAUUUUCAGUUGGGACUUCCAAAUUUUGGCGAACGGUAAGCAGUUGCAAAGAGUAGUAUUAACAUUGGAUCAGAAUCGCAGAAAUUUUGCAAUCAGAUCUGUUCUGCAUAAUAACGUUAGUAUUGGGAUCACGAAUGGCCAAGAAUGGUAUAAUUCAGAAUUAAACGAGUCGAAUACAAGUGGAAAGUCAACGAAGAAAAUGCAUUAUUUUGUUAAAAUUUGCUUUGUUGCUAAUAGAUAUGGCACGUAUCGCCAAAAUGUUAUCUUUUACUUUGGAGAUUAUCCUGUGAUACUCCAAAGGAUUUGUAUGGAUUGUUUGCCAACCGAAGAUUUUACAAGGAUUCACGAAGCAACAAAUUAUCAAUUCUCUCAGAAUCCAAAAACAUGGAAUAACGAAACGUCACAAAUUUGCUGGUUUGAGUCACCUUUUGUGUCCGCAAAAGAUCCAAAGGAGGACAAACUGUCGGUGAUCUAUCCUUAUCCCGAUAGAAGCAAUUUCAUCCUGACUCAAGAGUCUCUUACCGACAAUUGUUUGACACCAGAGAAUUACAGAGGCCGUCUUCAUGAGUUGAUCACCGUUGAAGAGCUAGCUAGACACGAACAGAUAGCUAGAUAUAACGAAACUUCAUACAUGCGUCUUCUUAGUCAUUAUGUUUUGACAUCUGCAGGCGAUGGAUCCACCAUUGCCAAAUAUGCACCACCUGGUGAGCUCUUUGCUCAGCUGCCGCUAAGCCGCAGUAUCUCAGAAGAUACGAAAAGCGGCAGACUGUUCCUGAGAGGUUGCAAUAAAGUACUUUUCAAGAAUUUGUCACGAGCCACGAACAUGAUAUUCGAGGCGCACAUAGAGGACAAGUGUACACAGACCGUGUACGUUAGAUUGUCGAAAGAGUGCGUGCACACGUUAAAUUUGGUGGCCAAUACAGAUCUCCAGGUGCAAGUGCAAUUUUUAUUGAAUCGGCUACCUUUCUGCGAGUGGCACAAGACCGUGGAUAGUUUGCCCGAUAUAGGAUUAGUAUUUCUGAACAAGGCCCACGUGGAUAUGAAAGAGAUCAACUUUUUGGAUCUGUUGGGAAGGGACGCGGUCAAUUUCAGAUUUUCAUUGCUCAACGUUGAGCAGAAGAAAGCUUUGGCCGCGAUCACCGCCCCCGACAAAAUUUCAAUGCCACCUGUCCUACUGUUGGGCCCGUUUGGAACGGGGAAAACGUUCACCAUUGCCCAAGCGCUCCGUUACUUGCUCACCAAGAGCUCCGAGUACAAGAUACUGCUCUGCACGCACAGCAACAGCGCUGCCGACCUAUACGUGAAAGAGUUUUUCGACGUUUGGUAUAAAUUCGAGAAAAUACCCCGAUUGAAGCCAGUCAGAAUUUACUACAAAGGUAGAGCCAAGAACACGGUGCAUCCAGUGGUUCAGGAGUACAGUCUAAUGAAAAAGAACGGCACCUUCCGAAACCCGACCGACGAAGAUCUGAGAGAUUGCGGCCUGAUCGUGACCACACUGGCCACGUCCAGCUGCCUCACCAGCCUGAAUCUCUCGUUCACUCACAUAGUGAUCGACGAGGCUGCCCAGGCGUUGGAGUGCGAGGUCCUCAUACCGUUGUCCCUCGUCACCCCUCAGACUCGCCUUGUUCUCGCCGGUGAUCAGAUGCAACUGGCCCCCGAAAUAUACAGCGAUCUUGCAAGCGAGCGUGGCCUUGGCAUAAGCCUGUUGGAGAGGAUCUACGGGAUGUAUCCCCAAACCCAUCCAUGCAGAAUUCAUCUGCACCAGAAUUACAGGGCACACGAGGACAUCAUUAGAUUCACCUCGGAAAUGUUUUACGAGGGGGUGGUGAAACCGGCCAACGACAUGUUGAUACAACACCCCGUCUUAAAACCUUUGACAUUUUACGCCGUUCAAGGUGUGGAAGUACAGGACAUCCACUCGACAGGCUACGCGAACAUGAGCGAGGUGUACGAGCUGGUGAACCGCGUCCAGGAGCUGAGGAACAACUGGCCGGUGGACCGUUGGGGCUCGUACGACGAGAAGUCGAUCGGUGUCCUCGUCUAUUACGCGGAACAGGUUCAAAGGAUCCGAGCCGAAUUACGGGAACGCGGGAUGACGGACGUGUCCGUGGAGAGGGUGUUGAACGUGCAGGGGAAGCAGUUCACAGCCGUGUUCAUAAGCACGGUGCGCACGAAACAUUGCUGCCGAUACUCGGCCGAGAGGAACGUGAAGGACUACGGGUUCCUGACCAAUCCCAGACUCCUGAACACGGCCAUGACGCGUGCCAAGUGUCUGGUUGCCGUGGUCGGUGACCCCGUCGCCCUCUUCACCAUCGGCUCGUGCAGGAAGCUGUGGCAAAGGUAUCUGGAGCUUGCCGAUCUGCACGGCAUCGAUCGGGACACGUUGAAGCACCAUCUCAGCCUGGUGCCCGAGCUCCCUCUCAUCGCCCCGUUGAAUCCAUUGGCAAGAGAAUUCGUACCGAGAAGCAACUUCUGCAUGGUUGUGGAAUACGUGCCGGUCCCAAUGAUGUACCCGGUGUUCCAUUGUCCGUAUUUCUCGUAGUGCCGGCGGAAAUCCGCAUUGGAAUCGAACGAUAUGAUCGAUCGAGCAUUAUCGUCGUUCUUAACCCGACUUCUCUGACCCGACCUUAAGUGUCUUAUUUUCUCUCCUCUUCAUCAUCAUCAUCUUCUUCUCCUUCCCCUUCCUCUUCCCCCUCUUCUUCCACUUCUUCUUUUUUUCCAACCGAAUGUCGAACGAAGAAGAAAGAAUUGAAUUUUUUGGUGGUGCAUCGAUCGUUUUCGAUGAGAAGAUGACGAGAUUUUUUUAAUAUACUUGAUAUUUUGUAAACGUGAUUUCGUGAAAAAAAAAAAAAAAAGAAAAAAUAGCGACGAUACCGUGAAUCGAUGUAGCGCCACUGAUAGAUGUUGGGUUAGAAAGAUUAAUCGGUUGAUCAACGAUGAUGGCUUGUAUGUAUACAUUAUAUAUCUCUGUGUCGGUUAUUGGGGAUUACUAAUCCUUGGAGUGUCUCUAUCUCUAUCUCUCUAUCUGUCUCUCUACCUCCCUACUCUCUUUCUCUCCGUCUCUCUAUCUCUCUCUUUCUCUCUGUGAAUAGAUUUAAGGAAUUAACAAUUGUUGCUAUAUAAAUAGAUUUGAAUUGUGCACUUAGUCUUAUGAAUGUGCCCUCGGAAAUCAAUGUUUAUUAUAGAUCGUAUUAUUUCUUUAAUCCUUUCGCCUUGUUGGUUUAUCAGAGAUGCAUCCGUUUGGAGAUUGUGCAGCUUAUCAUAUACGACACUAUAUAUACCGAUCGAUUAUAGAAAUAUAUUUUUUACUAGUUCCUUUACUAGUUUACGCAGUUUUGUAUGAAUCUUUUAAUAUUCCCUUUUUAAUCACCUUGCAUAUAAGCGGUAUGAUAUGAAAACGUGACGCUGCCCUCACAAAUUGUAAAAUUCACGAAAUGACCGAGGAACGCUUCCUUUUAUUAAAAAAAAAAAAAAAAAAAAAAAAAAAAAAAAAGAAAAAG